CAAGAGAUACGUCCGUAGUCCCAGUCCAUCCCCACGUCCCUGUCAGAUAAAAAUCUGGCAGGGGGCGUGGGCGUCCAAGAAGGCAAGAACCCUAGUCUCCCGCGAAUCCGUCCCAUAUUCCCAGGAAUCCGUUUCUGCUGCUGCAUCCCCACUUCUCCGCCGGAUCGCUGCAAGAUUCUCGGACAUGUCGGACUCUGAGGAGCACCACUUCGAGUCCAAGGCCGACGCCGGCGCCUCCAAGACCUACCCGCAGCAGGCCGGGACCAUCCGCAAGAACGGAUACAUCGUCAUCAAGAACCGCCCCUGCAAGGUUGUUGAGGUCUCUACUUCCAAGACUGGGAAGCAUGGCCAUGCCAAGUGCCACUUUGUCGGCAUUGACAUUUUCAAUGGAAAGAAGCUUGAGGAUAUUGUUCCUUCAUCUCACAACUGUGACGUUCCACAUGUUGACCGCACUGAGUAUCAGCUGAUUGACAUUUCUGAAGACGGAUACGUUAGCCUUUUGACGGAGAAUGGCAACACUAAGGAUGACCUGAAGCUUCCCAAUGAUGAAAAUCUGCAAGCCCAGAUCAAGAGUGGAUAUGAUGAUGGAAAGGACAUUAUCCUGACUGUGAUGUCCGCCAUGGGUGAGGAACAGAUCUGUGCUCUGAAGGAGAUUGGGGGAAAGAACUAAGCUGCUGCGUUGGUCCUGUUGUUCGCCUGCGAUACUUGUGGUCUGUUGCCGAGUGUUGAGAAGCUUAGUUGAGUUACAUACAUAGACAUAGGCAUUUGAGUUUAAUCUGUGGUUAGGUUUCACACCCCGAAUUCUUGAGGUGUUACUUUCUACUUGGUUAAGCUCUAGAAUUCUUUUGAACUGAGUGGAUGGUGUAACUCUGGUUUACUUAUUAAUGGGAAUUGCGAUUUAUAUAGAUUGGUCGGAUUAUUCAA